AUGAAAAAGGAUGUAGCAAAUUUUGUUGCUAGAUGUGAGACCUGUCAGUUGGUGAAGGCAGAGCAUCAACGACCAGGAAGACUUUUGCAGUCGUUGCCUAUCCCUGAGUGGAAGUGGGAGGAGGUAACAAUGGAUUUUGCUAUGGAUUUUCCUCGAUCAAGGCAAAGGCAUGAUGCCAUUUGGGUGAUUGUGGAUCGAUUGACGAAGUCUGCACAUUUUCUUUCGAUCAGGCAGACGAAUCUGGUGGAUAAGUUGGCACAAGUAUAUGUGAAGGAGAUUGUCAGAUUACAUGGUAUGCCUAAAGUGAUCGUAUCUGAUCGAGAUGGACGGUUUACUUCCAGACUUUGGAAGAGUAUUCAGCAAGAAUUUGGUACGAAGUUGCAUUUCAGUACGGCAUUUCAUCCGCAGACUGACGGAUAUUUUCAGUCCAGUAAUGGUAUGUCACCUUAUGAAGUUUUGUAUGGACGGAAGUGUAGAACUCCUUUAACUCUGACUGAGAUUGGUGACUUUGUGUAUGUCAAAGUCAGUCCGAUGAAAGGAGUCAGCAGAUUUGGAAAAGUGAGUAAGCUCAGUCCAAGGUAUGUUGGACCUUUUGAAAUCCUUGAAAGGAUUGGUAAGUCUGCUUAUAGACUGUUAUUAUCUGAUCAGAUGUAUGAUGUACAUAAUGUGUUUCACGUAUCUACUUUGCGAAAGUGGAUAUCUGACUCUAGAAAGACAUUAUCUGCUGAUGAAGUUGAGAUUCAGGAGAAUCUGCAGUAUAAAGAAGAACCUGAGUUGAUUUUGGCUUACGAUGUUCGUAAGUUAAGAAGUAAACAAAUUCGUAUGGUUAAAGUUCAGUGGAAGCACCGAACAGCACGAGAAGCGACUUGGGAAAAGGAGUCGGACAUGAGACGGUUGUAUCCGUAUCUUUUUUGA